AUGGCUCGCCUGACAAGUCUGUUGACGGCCGUCGCCGCCGUUGUCGGUACUGCCCAAGCAACCCUACCAACGGAAUGGACACCCAUCUGCAAGGAGAUCGAGGCAAAGAUCUCCAAGGCCAGCGAUGUCAUCUACCCAAUCCAGGCCAUCUCCUUCACUUCGGCGAUUACCCACUGGUUCUGGUCGUCCUAUGAACAGCCAUCGUGCGUCUUUGCACCUGGGUCUGCGGAGGAUGUGUCGGUUGCGCUGCAGAUUAUUGGCGCCACCAAGACUCCCUUUGCCGUCCAGUCUGGUGGUCACUCUUCAAACCCAGGCUUCUCCAGCACCAAGGGUGUACAUAUCUCGCUCAAGAGGCUGGACCAAGUGAAGCUGUCUGAGGACAAGAGCGUCGCUGAGAUUGGCUUUGGCAACGUCUGGGUUGAUGUGUACAAGGCCCUGGAAGGUACCGGCAGGAAUGUUGCUGGAGGAAGAGUGCCCGGCCCGGGCGUUGGUGGCUUCACCCUCGGUGGUGGAUACUCCUGGAAGACAAGCCAGUAUGGUUUGACCUGUGACACGGUCAAGAGCUAUGAGCUUGUCCUUCCCGCAAGUUACCAUGGCUGGUCCCUAAACGGAACCAUUACCAGAGUGUCCAAGACCCUGAACCCCGACCUCUACUUUGCCCUCAAGGGCGGUCUUAACCGCUUUGGCAUUGUCACGUCGGCUGAGUUCUACACCCAUGAGCAGCCUGAGAAGGUGUACGGUGGUCUCGGCAUCUAUCCCACCAGUGCUGUCGACAAGAUUCUCAACGCCACUUCUCAGUUCUCGUACCUGAACAAGGAUCCCCGGACCCAGAUCAUUACCACCCUUGAGGGCAGUCCUCUGGGCACCACUGCUUUGGUUUUGUUCUUCCACGAUGGUCCCGAGAAGCCGGCCACAUUCGAGCUCUUUGAUGACAUCAAGCCGCUCAUCAAGGCAGUCAAGUCUCAGAGCUUUGUUAGCUUUGUGCAGACCAUCCCUGCGCAGGUUGUGGAGCUGACCAACAUCCGCGGUGGUUUCAUCAGCUUUGCGACUUCUGAGCUCUCUCAGACUUUCCUGGAAGCCAUCAGGCAAGAGACUGAUGACAUCAGCAAGAUCAUGGGUCUUCACGGCGGCAUCACUGUCAGCUAUGACAUUGAGCCCUUCACCAAGUACGGCGAGCACGCCACUGAGAGUGCUUUCCCGCACACCGAGUCUCCCCUUCCGCUCAACAUCUACUUCGCGUGGUCCCUUCCCCAGAACGACGAGUUCUGGUACGCCCGCAUGAAGCAGACUCUUGAGACGCUCAAGAAGGUGGCCAUGGACGACGGCAUCUACAGUGAUACCUUCACCUAUUACCCCAACUACUCGCUCUUUGACGCCACUCCGGAGCAGCUGUACGGCAACGAGAACGCGGCGCGGUUGGCGAGGAUCAGGGACCAGGUUGAUCCGGACAGGAUCAUGGAGCUGGCCGGUGGAUUCAAGAUUUGAUGGGAGCAGAAGAUACCC